UCGCAAAUCACAGCACCCAUCACCACUCCUCCCCCAAUCCAACUCGCGCAGCAGCUCCAAGAGGAUCGUCAGCGACCAUGUCCGGGCGCGGCAAGGGCGGCAAGGGGCUCGGCAAGGGCGGCGCCAAGCGCCACCGGAAGGUGCUGCGCGACAACAUCCAGGGCAUCACCAAGCCGGCCAUCCGGAGGCUCGCUCGGAGGGGCGGCGUGAAGCGCAUCUCGGGGCUCAUCUACGAGGAGACCCGCGGCGUGCUCAAGAUCUUCCUCGAGAACGUCAUCCGCGACGCCGUCACCUACACCGAGCACGCCCGCCGCAAGACCGUCACCGCCAUGGACGUCGUCUACGCCCUCAAGCGCCAGGGCCGCACCCUCUACGGCUUCGGCGGCUGUUUCUCGGAGAUCAUGAUCGCUCGGAAGAAACAGAGCACCAAUGAUGAUCCACUUUUUGUGAACCGUGUUUCUGAAAAUGUCAUCGACAAUCUGCUGCUAAGAGCCACUGCUAGACACGCUCCGUUGCCGUUCCAUUUUUCGAGCCGUCGCGCACGAGCACCGCAGAGCGAAACUGAAUUCGCACCUAAGGAAACGCACAGACAGGCAGACAGCGGGGCAACGCGCGGAAAGGUUUCGAGCUGGCGCCUCACGAAUUUUCAGGCGGCGCACCCCGCCAAUCUACCGCGCCAAGCCUCCCGCCACGUCACGGAUCCGCGGCAUCCACACCCGGAUCGCGGUCUCGACCUCCCCAAUUCCGUGCUCACGCGUCGCCUUCCUCCCGCCCCUUUUAAUCCCCCUCCCCGCUCCCCCCAAAUCGCAACACCGCAAGCCACCACCGCUCCUCGACCUCCAUCCGCUCUCUCAACUCGAACCAAGGCGAGUUCGUCAGCGACCAUGUCCGGGCGCGGCAAGGGAGGCAAGGGGCUGGGCAAGGGCGGCGCCAAGCGCCACCGGAAGGUGCUCCGCGACAACAUCCAGGGCAUCACCAAGCCGGCGAUCCGGCGCCUCGCUCGGAGGGGCGGCGUGAAGCGCAUCUCGGGGCUCAUCUACGAGGAGACCCGCGGCGUGCUCAAGAUCUUCCUCGAGAACGUCAUCCGCGACGCCGUCACCUACACGGAGCACGCCCGCCGCAAGACCGUCACCGCCAUGGACGUCGUCUACGCGCUCAAGCGCCAGGGCCGCACCCUCUACGGCUUCGGCGGAUAGGCGCCCCCCUUCGUCAGCAACUCUGCCCCGCUGUGGCCGCAGACGGGAGAAGUCUGCCAUGUCUUAUGUUCAGUAGCUGUAGCCGGAACAAUGUCACCUGUUCUCCCAUCUGUCUAUCGCAGAAUCUCUCUAGUUACCUUGUAGCUCCAUGAGCCCAGUCGUGUAAUCGAAUAUAUCGUCUUACCGUGCAAA